AUACAACGAUGUUGUAGAUGGCAGCAUGAGCAUACGGCAUUCUGUCUUUUCAAACUGAACUUUCAACAGAAAAAAAAUUUGACUCUUGUGUUUUUGGUUGAAAGAAACGCAUUUUUUCGUGUUAGCUUUAUUUUAUUUUAAUUUUUGAGUUGUAUCAUUAGUUUCAUCAGUUAGCUUUGGCAUCAUCAUACGAAUUAUUUGAAUUUAAGAGUGACUGAAGAAAAAAGAGUGAAAAAAUAAUAAUAAUAUAAAAAUGCCACGAACCAAACUCAACAAAAAAGUUACAAACAAGCGAAACAGAAACAGCACGGCAGAUGAUUUGCGUGUAAAUGCAAUGAGCGAUGUUGACCGAGAAAUGGAAACGAUGCUCACAGAAUUUAAGUUUAAGCAAGAGGAGCAACGAGACCAAAUACGCAAUCGCAUUGCAAAUAUUAAGUCGAAGCUCUCAACGGCUUUGCUUGAAAUGAAAAUUGGCGUACUGAAAGAGUUGACUGAACAAUCAAUGAAAUCUUAUGAACAAGUACAAGAUCACAUAAACACCAACAGCGGCCCGUUGGCAAACAUAACAAAUCAAACGCUCAACAGUAUUAGUAUGUCAUCGGCCAAAGUGUCAAAAACAGAUGAUGGCUACAUUACAGGCGAUAGCGUUCGAUCAGAUGUAUCGCGAUCAGCUCGCCCAGUUGGUCCAUUCCAAUCGGCCAAAGCCAAAUCGCGCCGUCGCAGCCGAUCGCUGAGCAGUGUUAUUCAAAGCUAUACGAAAGGUGCACCGCGAACACAGCAGCUGAUGAAAUCACGAGAAUCACGAUCAAAAUUCCGCACACCAAUCAAUAAUCGCAUUCAAUCGAUUAGCGCUGACCGCAUGAUGAAUCCAGUCACUCCAAAAAUGGAGGCCGGUAGAGCAAUUGCUAUGCUCCGUUAUGCUAAACAAGGUGAAACAGUCAUUUCCCUGCAGGGAAGUCCUGUGGUUGCAACCAGUGUUUUGGGAAAUAACGCCAAUUUAAAUAUUCCACUGGCUGAUGGUGUGAUCUGUAUUCAACCCGCAAUGGGUGGCUCGCUUGACCCAGAAUUGGUAUCAAGAAUUGAUAAACAAACACUAGACGAACUGCGUCGAUUGCAAGAUAAUAUCGAUAUGAUUAUGCAAUGUGCAGCCAAUUCGAUGUGAAAUGAAAAGCCCAUGGACACACACAUGCACACACAUGCACACACAAACACGGAAAUUCAUCUUAAAAUAGGAUUAAUCAUCAUUUAAUUUGUGUUAGUUUUUUUUUUUUUCUUAAAACUUUCUUUGUCGAGUUGUCAAUGAUAAAUAAAUGUUUUACAUAUUCAAACAGUUCAUUAGGUGAUUUACAAGCGUUCUCAAUUCUUAGGCCAUUGUAUUUGUAAAUCAAACAUUUAUUUCAUUAAAGUGAUUAAAUUUGUUUUUUUUUUUUUGUGUUAUGCAAACCAAAAGAUCAACAAAUCGA